GUCCAUGAGGAGACCUGCAGGAGAGUAAGUCAGAGUAAAUGGCAGUCCCGCGUAGCCUCGCGUCCGACACUUCCCAUUUGCCUGCUGAUCUUGCACCAGGCAACAUGAAGCUCAAUCGCUCUGGCUGCUGAGAAAUAUAAAACUAUCGUUAGCGACAGAUGAAGUGGACUUACUCAUUGGUGACCUUGUCCGGAUAGAAGAACACAGAAGAAAUUCCCGUUUCCCAGUUAUUUGAGCCAAGAGCUGGAAACGCUGCUUUGAUUGUCGUCCGGGUCCCUUCCUUAGAGGAAACACAUCCUGUUAAUGUUUGACUGUGAAGUCGCAGUGCUGAAUGUUUGUUGCAGACAGUUACGCCCAGAAACUCAGCAACAGAGUUAGAAAAACAACAGUUUCCUCCUAGCUUCCAGAAAGCGUCUUUUUCUCCUUGGUACCUUAUCAGUUAUGUUAAGAUCGUGUCACAGUCGAAGUAAGAAGUCUAUUUCUACAAGAUGGCCAAUUUCUGCCUAACCAUUUGAUCAAGAGAGCUGUGGCUGUUAAUAGUCUGACUUAAACAAAGAUUAUUUCUGCAAACCUGCUUGGGGUAUCAAGGUAAUCUGCCUUUUAACCACCCAACAGACAGGUGUGCUACUUGAGGAGAGCACGAGUGAUCCCUCUGGCUUUAUUGAAGGCUCGUCAGUUGGAGAACUCACAUCUUCAUCAUAAGGGAUGGACCUGCGUACACGGCAGCUUAUCGUUGCCGCACCUCCAGUCGAGAAGGCACAGGAGGGUGGAUAAGCUUAGCAAAAACUCAAAUUACUUGGAUUUUGAGGACACUGGGGAGGUAACAAUGAAUACUCAACUCCCCUAGCAGCUCUCAAGUAGCUCUAGGUACUCCCGCAUUUCCAAUGUACGCGAGUGUUUUGUGUGGAAACAAAAGAGGCUCUCUCGUGCUCUGUGGGUAACAAGAGCGUCUUGGAGCUGGGGUGAGGAAGCAGGCAUGGCUGUUCAAAAGCUGGUGGCGACUGCUGUAGCAGUGGCUCUCCUGUCCCUGAUUCUUAACAAUGCAGCAGCCAUCACUCCAAACUGGGUGUACCAGGCCCUGGAGGAUGGGAGAAAGCGCAGCGUUGGUCUGUGGAAGAUGUGCUACGGGAGCGAAAAAGGGAAAGCGUCAGUGAAGCAUGAACAAACGCUGGAACGUGAGUGUGAGAAUUUAAGCUGGGGGUCAGAACACCCUGGAUUUCAAGAAUCUCGGAACACAGUUAAACUUCAGUUUGACAUGAUGCGAGCCUGUAACCUGAUUGCCACAGUGGCUCUGACCGCCGGCCAGCUCAUCUUCCUGCUCGGACUGAUGGAACUCCCCCUUAUCACUCGGGAUUCGCAGUGGUGGGAGGAAGCCAUUGCUGCUUUGUUUCAGCUGUCCAGUUUUGUGUUGAUGAUUGGACUGGUGACCUUCUACCGUAUAGGCCCCUAUACUCACCUCUCUUGGUCUUGCUACCUGGACAUUGGUGCCUGUCUCUCAUCGACACUUGCGGCAGCCAUGCUAAUCUGGAACAUAUUACACCGGCGGGAGGACUGUAUGACACCCCGCGUUAUUGUUAUCCGUCGCUCCAGGCCACGCUUUGAGAAUGACUACGUGGAAUCACCAUGUUGAACCAACGCAGAAAGGAGCGGGCAGCAAUUUGCACAAGUGUUCGAGAGUUGCCAGAUCUCUGCUUACUCAUGAAAUAACCAAAUCUCUGCUUUCAGCCGCUGUCUGGAAGGUUGGACGAGGUGGGCACACAGUGGGAGAAGAAGAAACAAA